UGGGCAAUGAGUUGACAUCAAUCCAUUCUGCCAGCAUUUGUUCAGCUGCAUCACCCUUCGACACAGAAUGGCCACCAAACUGAUACAUCGCUGGUAUCGGCUGUACAGGGUCUCGUCUUCCUUGUGUGUCCAAACCAAUUCUGUGUUUGCAAGAAGCCAGUUGGUGAGAAUGUCAUCCCAGCCCCCAUUUGCCUUAGCGACCCCUUGUAGCCACUCAGCACAGACGGAUAAACUCUCAGUCCAGGAGCAGCCGUACAGGACGCCCUCUGAGCACAGCCAGGUGGACCACUUCAUAGACAAGACAUCCACUGCUGAGGAACUCUUGCAUUUAGUGGACCUUUACCCUGUAAACGCAAACCAGGCUGCGCGGAUCAUCACUCGUCUGUCCCGUAUAGUUGCAGAGAAAAAACUGGACCCUGGGGGUUUCCUGGAGGAUGCCCGCUUUGAACAGCUGCUUCAGACCAUUAAUGCAGAAGUGUCUCAGGUGUGGAAUGCCGCCUUGACCAAUCUCCUGAAGAGCCUUUAUCUGCUGGGGCUGAAGCGGAAUCGGCGAGAACUGCUUUCGGUGGAGCAGGAGGUACGCUGGCGUCUGAGGCGACUGACCUUCCGGCACCUGGCCUCCCUGGCUGAGCAAGUGGUUGCCAGCACCCCGAGGGGAGAGCAGAGUGAGCUACUGAGUGACCUGGUGAAGCAGCUGGAGCUGCGUUGGACGGAGAUCGAGGACACCAGGACUGUGGUGGCACUGAUGGCCAAAAUUGGGGCCCUUUCUCCCAUUCUUAUGGAGCGUCUGGAGGAUAAGGGCCUGGAGAUGGCUGAGCAGUUCAGCCCAGAGGAUACACGGAAAAUCGCCAUGGCCUUGGCGCAUCAGAACCGCCGUUCCAUCCCUCUGCUGAGGGCCAUGUCUUACCAUUUAGUCCAGAAGCACUUUGUCCUGAGCCCUGGAGUUCUCCUGGACUUGGCUUUUGCCUAUG